AUGGGUCCCAAUGUGAAGGACAAUCCAAUGCCAAGUCAUGGUCCUUCAUCAGUGAACAAUAUAGAAGUUUGUCUCAAUGAACAACGUGUUACGAAGAUAGAGGAGAUUCGGCGGUCUGUGGUUGAAAUUCAUUCUGUUUUAUGUGCUCAUGGUCUAUUCCAACAUGACCACCAGAUCUGUGGUACAUGUUCAGUCAAUUCAAGAGGUUGUAGGAAGAUUCAAGAUGAUUUGCAAGGCAUCCUUGAUCAGGCUUUGAUUCAGAUUUCUAGACAAGUGAGUUCUCCAGAAUCACAAGAACAAGAGGUGAAUGUCAUCAUUCCUUGCUUCAACAUUCCAGAGAAAGUAGAGAUAGCUUAUCAUCCGAGGGAGCCAGUGGUGAUUUGCCCUCCGGGCCCAAUGCCUUACACUUUAGAUAAAGCGGUCCCCUACCGCUAUGCAGCAACUAUUAUUGAGAACGGUAAAGAGGUCGAGAUUAAAACCUUAGCCUCAGUUACCAAUAUCGCAGAAAAUAGCCGAAUGACGCGCAAUGGCCGCGUGUUCGCUCCGCCGGUUAUCCCAAGUAGAAAUGUUGAGAAAGAUCCAGUAGUCGUGGUACCAGUGACAAGAGAAGCAGAAGGGCAAACAAGCAAUUCAACCCUUGAUAAAGAAACAGAUGAACUACUUAGAAUUAUCAAGCUCAGUGACUACAAAGUGGUAGAUCAGUUGCUACAGACACCGUCAAAAAUCUCGAUCCUGUCCUUAUUAUUGAAUUCAGCUGUCCACAGAGAAGCACUACUGAAGGUGCUUGAUCAAGCCUUUGUAGAACAGGAUAUAACAGCAGAGCAGUUCAACAAUGUUGUAGGCAGCAUCACUUCGUGCAAUGGCUUAGGCUUUUGUGAUGAAGAACUGCCAGAAGAAGGAAAGAAUCACAACUUCGCUCUCCAUAUCUCAGCCAAUUGUCAAGGGGAUUCUUUGUCUAAUAUCCUAAUUGACACCGGUUCAUCUCUGAAUGUCAUGCCCAAGUCUACCUUGGUGAAGCUAAAGUACAAAGGGGGGCAAAUGCGGCACAGUGGAAUUAUUGUGAAAGCGUUCGAUGGAUCAAGAAAAUCAGUCAUUGGAGAAGUUGAUUUGCCUAUUGGUAUUGGACCACAUGUAUUCCAGAUCACUUUCCAGGUUAUGGAUAUAGUGCCAGCUUAUAGCUGUCUGCUCGGACGCCCAUGGAUUCAUGAGGCGGGUGCCAUUACAUCCACGUUACACCAGAAGUUAAAAUUUUUCAAGAAUGGGCAAAUAGUGACGGUUAAUGGGGAGCAGGCUAUGCUGAUUAGCCACCUUUCAUCGUUUAGUGUGAUAGAAGCAGACGAAACGGCUGUUCAAACUCCAUUUCAGGCCCUGACCAUCGAUGAUUACAAGAAAAGUGAAGGUUCAAUCGCGUCAUUCAAAGACGCCCAGCAGAUUGUCAAGACAGGUCCUACAGAAAUGUGGGGCAAGGUGAUAGAGUUGCCAGAAAACGUUAACCAUGCAGGAUUAGGCUUUGUUGAUGGAAAACAAGUGCAGACUUCAGUGGUGCGACCUUUCAAAGAUAUCUUUCACAGCGGUGGGUUUAUCAACAUGGUAGCAGUUGAGGAGGAUACUUUUGAGGGAAAGACAGAAGACGAAGGCCCCAGAUUUGUGACACCAGGAGUGAAAUUUCUUGAUGGUUUUAGACUUUUAGUUGUCAUUUUAGUUAAUUCUAAUAAUUUCAAUUCUUAUUGA